AUGUCUGCAACCACUGGCGCUUGCCUCUGCGGCCAAAUCAAGUAUGAGUUCACAGGCGACAUUGCGCUGAAAGCAUUCUGCAACUGCAAAGACUGUCAGCGCUGGGGAGGCGCAACCGGUCUUCCCAACGUUGUCAUUGACCGGAAAAGCUUCAAUGUUACAGCCGGAACUCCUAAGGCCUUUGAUGUUGUUGGUGACAGCGGCAAGAUAAAUCGGCACUAUUUCUGUGGAACGUGCGGAUCGAGUCUGUAUUGCGAGCUGGAAGCCAUGCCUGAGAACACGGUUAUUAAGGCCGGAAGCCUAGAUCAACCAGAUGUCAAGGAGAUGCAGGCCGAGCUCUAUGUCAAAGAUCGUGUGAGCUAUAUGAAGCCAAUUGAGGGCGCUCAGCAGGUCCCUGCAUUCCUUUGA